GAAAAUGGUUACUGUGUUUUGGCUAGCUUGCUAACCUUAACAAAACUGGUGUUAAAUCCAGCUUUAACCAACACAGCGCUCUGCAUCUUCUUCAGCUAACUAUAAUCGUUUACUGUGUUGUAAAAUGUCUAGUCUGACUGGUUGGAACUAUAGUCUAGCGUAAAUUUAACCUGUAAUUUAUUUUACUGUAUUUCACAGGGGGAAAGAGCAGUGUUGCCUGUAAGCUAGCUGGAACUUUUCUUCCAUGAUUUGACACGAUUAUGGGUGACUAAAAGAUACCAGUGUUUACAACCGGUGUGCUGUCAAGCUUUCUGCGCAUGCGCACUCUAUUUUAGCGUCGCUCAUGCUAAAAGUGUCUGCAGGUAGGAGAUGCAUGAUGCCAUAAUCCCAUUUAGCUGACAUUCUGCAGAUCCUCUCUGUCUCUGUGGUUGAAAUGCCAGCUGUGAGCCAGGAUAAAGAGGAUUCUGAGUCUCACUCAGAUGAAGAGCUGGAGUGCCAUCCAUGCAUAGCCUGGAGUGGGAUAAGCAGGAAGAUCCCAGUUUUACUCUUCCAUGCUGAAGCCAUUGUGUCCAAAGAUGAAACAAUUUGUUCAGUUGGAGAAAGAUACAACUUGGCUUUCAAGAUUGUACGUACAGAGAGUCGACUCAUUCGAAACAUUCUUCUGAAUCAUGGAUUCCAUGAGGUCCAUCCAAAUAGCAAUGAUUUCAACCUCAUGUGGACAGGCUCCCACCUUAAGGCUUAUCUGCUCCGCAGUUUGCAGGAUUUCCAGAAAGUCAACCACUUCCCCAGGUCAAAUGAACUGACACGGAAAGACCGGCUGUAUAAAAACAUUCAGCGGCUUCAACAGGCUCAUGGAUUUCAAAACUUCCACAUCGUACCACAGACAUUUGUUCUUCCUGCAGAAUAUCAGGAUUUUUGCAAUGCAUUCUCUAAGGACAAGGGGCCAUGGAUUAUCAAGCCUGUUGCAUCUUCCAGAGGCAGAGGCAUCUACCUGGUUAGCAGUCCAAGUCAGAUUUCGUUGGAUGAAAACACCUUGGUGUCACGGUAUAUUAGCAACCCCUUAUUGAUUGACGACUUUAAGUUUGAUGUACGAUUGUAUGUGUUGGUGACAUCUUAUGACCCUAUCAUUAUCUAUGUCUAUGAAGAGGGCUUAACCAGAUUUGCUACUGUGAAAUAUGACCAUGCUGUGAAGAACAUCAAGAACCAGUUCAUGCACCUCACCAACUACAGUGUAAACAAGAAGAGCAGUGACUAUGUCAGCUGUGAUGACCCUGAAGUAGAGGAUUAUGGGAACAAAUGGAGCAUGAGUGCAAUGCUGAGGUAUUUAAAACAGGAGGGAAAAGACACCACAUUGCUGAUGAGUCAGAUAGAGGACCUGAUCGUUAAAGCUGUGCUGAGUGCAGAGUUACAGAUUGCUACAGCCUGCAAGAUGUUUGUCCCUCAUCGCAACUGCUUUGAACUGUAUGGUUUUGAUGUUCUCAUUGAUUCCAACCUCAAGCCAUGGCUCCUGGAAGUGAACCUCUCUCCAUCACUGGCAUGUGAUACUCCUCUUGACCUGAAAAUAAAGGCCAGCAUGAUCUCAGAUAUGUUUUCUCUUGUGGGAUUUGUAUGCCAGAACCCUCUACUAAAACAGACUCGGUUAGAUAAGGCUGGAUUUGACCCAGCUGUGAAGAACUUUAAAACUCAGCAUCAUAUCAUUGCACAGGCUGCCUCUGCCAAAUCCAGAGUGCGUCAGAGACCGCAGUCUGCCAAUAAUGUUGAGGAGCUGAAAGAGAAACAGGGAGUCAGGCAUGUAGACACGCUGGGCUUGACUGCAGAGGAGGUCAAAGUCCUGAGGAGGACACAGGAGGAGCACGAAAGGAGAGGUGGAUUCAUCCGUAUUUUCCCCACACCACAAACUUGGGAGCUCUACAGUGGCUAUCUGGAAUACAAGACAUCCAUGAACUCCAUGUUGGCUAAUAAACUUUUCCAUGGAAGAUUAGGAAAAUCUGUGAUCGCACAAAACAGACAUAGAUUGAAGGGUAAUGUACCCUUAGAAGAGGAGGCCUAUAAACCCUGUCAUGUAAUUCAGUAUGAGAGCAAAUUGCUCUCUCUUGAAGCACGAAGACGCAGGAAAAGGCAAACGACUAGCCGUACCACUCCUCGGAGAAGGAAAACUGGUCGAAGGCCUUUACCAUCAUUAGCGCACAGCAGUGAAAACGAGGAAACUGAUGAGGGAGAGGAGCAAGGACCACAGGGAAAGCAGCAGCACACAAUGUCUCUGGCACACACAGACCCUCAGCCCACCCUGAUGGAGAGGCACCGAACUGAAGAACACUUUCCAGCUAGAGUCAGCAAACCCAGAGUGGAUCUGCUCCAUAUUCUCCAGCAGGGGUGGGAUCUCAGUAAGGUUCAGGCGCGCAUGGCCUUCUCCUCCUAUCUCCAUCGGGUCCAGAUGAGGCUUCUUGUAGAGAGCAGAACCUACAGUACCCCUGCCUGUGCACAAAAGGACAAUGACCAGAUGGAGCUGGUAAUGCGUUUUCUGAUGCGAGCUGCCAGUAACCUGCAGCAGGAUAUGCAGGUGACGUUACCCAGCCGCCAGCUUUCCGUGCCUGACCGCCGCCGCAUACUGGCCAAUCAGCUCGGGGAGUUCAUCCACUGUUAUAACCAGGAGACUGAACAAAUGAUGAAAUGUUUGGAGAACACUGAAGAUAAAGAUCGGUGCAUCAAUUCAAAUGUGUUUCGGGAGUUUAUUUUGGAAGCAAGUGAAAGUGAUCUAGAAGAAGUUCUCACUUUCUACACACACAAGAACAAGUCUGCCAGUGUGUUUUUGGGAAGUUCCAGACAGGACUGUAGCAAAAAAUGCAGUAACAGCUCAGAGGAGCCUGCGAAGCAUCAGUGCAGGAGAACUCUCUCAAAUGCCAAAGAAGGCUCUAGUGCUUCAGGAUCAUCGCUGACUGCCAAGGCCAACUUGCCAAAAAGUGAAGAAAUCCAAGAGAGUGUAACCAGACCAGGAUACAACAAAAGCAGUGUAACUGUGAACAUGAACAGCCAUAGUAACACUAUCCAAAACAGUGACAAAUAUAGUACAUUAAAUAGUGGAGGACACAAAAACAGCAAAAUACAAAAUGGAAACCCGGUGACAAAAGGUCAGUCUGCGGCCUCAACUGCUUUUGAGACCCAAGGACUGUCAAAAACGGUUAAAAAUAUAAUUGUGCCACCUGAACCUCCAAAAAGUUGUAAACUGACAGUCAAGGCCCAGGGUUCUCGGCACACUUCAUCUUAUCAUGCAGCCCUCGAUUGUGAGCAUAUCCACCUGCAGCAGUGCUUCCCACAACCUGAACCUGAAGCUCAGCCCCAGAAUCAACCUCCUCCUUAUAUCCAUCCUCCCCCUCACGUACAUGCUGAAUCUCACAGUAAACCACACAUGACCUUAUCUUCGUCAUCCACAAAUUCUCUGCGGCCUGCACGAGUAAUGUGGGCUUCAUCACAUUCAUGUUCACCUAGAACAUUUGCAACUACUGAAGUGCUACGACAAACUCCGGGUUCACAAAUGGCACAGCAGGCCACUAGUGAUGUUUCAUCUUCCAGUGCCUGUGCCACAAAUUUGUGCAGUCAGAAAGUCUUGUGGCCUUCCUCUGCAGUGCAAGUAAGUAAUAAGGCCAAUAAAUCCAGACCUGCUUCUGCAGGAGUGUUUAAUGGGCCAGAUUCACUCUCAGCCCAGGCCCAGUCAAAUCAGCAGGCUAUUGUGGCUGCCCUGAAGAAACUAGUGGAGAAACAAGCAGCUCGCCAAUACAGCACUUCCAGCCACAUAAGUCUCCUUACACAACAUUUGACCAACCUGAACAUAGCGAAAGGAGUUUUCAGCAGAGGAGCACAGAGCGUCAGAUCAGGAACUCAGCCUGAUACAGCGACUACUCAACACUCAGGCAUGAACCUCUCUGGUGCUGUGAGUCACAGUAUGGAAACCGGUGAUGGAAAGUGCCAGAGUGCCUAUAAUUUGGCAACUGGAGGAACUUUGCAGGCUACAUCAGACAGUUAUCAGCUCCAGUCUGCCAUCCAGCAGCUCCAGCAACAGAAACUGCAGUCCAGGAAGCUACUAGACCAGAGCCGCUCUCGACAUCAGGCCAUGCUGAAUGUACAAACCCUUGUGCCUGGUGCUGUUCCUCAAGACGCUGUUCCCACCAGCUUUCACUCGCAGUCCCAGUCCAGCACGAAGCAGACAGCAAGUCGGAGAGAUCCACAAUUCUUUGUCCCUACACGUGGCACGACUGCUCUGAUUCCCAAACCCCCCAGCAGCACAGCCAAAGGCACACUCUUAUGCAAGUCUGCCACUCAAAAGACCAACCAAAGCCCUGAUGUCAAGCUUCGAAAUUGUGCAAAGGAAAAGGUCUGGAGAUCUCAAGUUUGAAUCAAGUUUGAUCCAUCUGUGGCCUGGAAUCGUAGAGAGCAAAGUUGGCAAUGCUCUCGGGGUCCAGCAACACUAGCCAAUCAUGGGUGUCUGGGAGCUCAUGUAUGUGGAAGAGGGUAGAUAGUUCUUUCCUCCAAGUGUCUAUAAACAGUAUGGCUUAGUUUAAAUUAUAUUUAUGUGUAAAAGAGGGGGGAAAAAACACUUGAUCAAAAUCUAUAAAGUUGAAGGAAAACAUAUACAUACAAUCCAGACAAUAUGUUGCUUUGUUUCUAGAUAGUCAUUUUUUCCUACUGCACCCUAUCAUUAACACACAUCGGUUGUUGCUUUGGCCAAUAGAAAUAUAGUAAUCAAGCUCAGCACAGUUCAGUUUGUAAAGAACCAGUCUUUAUUUGUUGUCAGCGUGAUGCAGAGAAAUGCUUAGAAUUUACAAAUGUUAGUUUAGUCAUUAGUUCAAAAUGCUGACUGAAAUACCAGACAUGCCACUGUUACUUUCAGCUUUUUUUGUGUAACUUAAAGUAACUAAAACAAUGUCUCAGUCAUUUCUAAGUAUUCUUAGUGCUUUUUACUUCUUUUUUUUUUUUUAAAUCCAUAUUAAAAUUGAUUUAAAUCCAUAAGAAUUUACAUAUUGAACCUCCAGCCUGAAGAAAGCCAAGCAGGGCCCGGUCACACCUUAGAGCAGGGUGUUUAGUCAUGCUCUUCUAAUUCAGUGUAAACAUUUUCUUGUUCAUAAAAUCUGCUCGGAAACUUUAGGUAUAAAAGCUAGAAUGAGCAGCAUUGUAACUCAGAUUAUUAUUUUGUUGUUUUUGUGCUUUUUAUACAGCCAACUGAUUUUUCAUUUCUUACCUGGAAGCAACUGGAUCACUAAUUUUAUAACUUAUAAGUUACAAGUCCUGACCACUUGCUAUUCUCAUUCUCAAAUUACUAACAUGUUGUAAAUAUCAGUAAUGUGUUUGUGUAUAUAGAAGGAAAACUAAGAUCAGUUGUGAUUCUUGUUCAGUGCAAAGAUACACAAUAGACCUUCUUAGUUCUGUGUAAUUCAACCAUCUGAACAUGUUUAUAAGUGCUCUUUGUGGAAAGUGAGGGUUAGAAAUGAGGGCCGGAGAAAACUGAAACUGUCAUCUGUUUCCCACGCUGCAGCAUGACUUGACUUCACAUCUGGCCAAACUACACAACAAUGGCAAACCUUUGUGGUAGCAGGCCUGUUUGCUGGAAGUACAUGAUCUGCUAUGGUGGGCUACUAGAUGUCAGACAGCACACUCUCUCAGCGGCUAGUCAAUCCCUUGAGGCGCGCGCUCUCUCGCUCUAUCUCUCACACACACACACACACACACUCACACACACUCACACACACACACACACACAUGGAAUUAGAGGUCAUGGGACAAUUUGUACAUUUUAGAUUUAUGUGCAUGAGGGAUGUUAAUUGUUUUACAUUUAAAACAAUUAGGCAUGGUUUUGUAUGUGAUUAGAUAAGCAUCUGCAAAGCAUUUAGGAUAAGUGUAUGAGUAAAUGUAGCUAGGAGGAGCAAAUAUAUUCCCCCAGACCACAAUGAGAUCCUUCCAAAGCAUGACAUCUCUUGCAUUAAAACAUUACAAAUCUUGCAUUACAAGAUACUUUUGACAUUUGUAUUUAUCUACUUCAGUAUUAAUCAUGAACAUAAUACAAAUGUACAGUAGCACAUUGAUAUGUGGCUGCCAUACUGGAACCAGAAUAAAAUAUGUAUGAAAUUAAAUUUGUGUUACUUCGGGAUUCAUAUGGGAAUGUCGUGGGAUCAGGCUAUUAAAGACAGCUGGUAUUGAGUGGUGUGUGGUAUGUGGCUUUUGUUUGGGUAAAUAAAGAUUAUUUUAUGUUCUGACAGCAGGAAAUGGAUUAAAGAAAGACGUGAGAAUAAGAUCAGUGAAAUGUCAGGUAGUUGUUAAGGAUCCUAGUGUUAGGAGGGUUAAGGAGACAGGGAUGAUGGUUGAGAGAGGGGGUAAGAUAGCUCUGGGGAGGGUAGCUCCACUGUUUGCUCCUCUGUGUGCCUUCCUGCCCAGUGCCGUGUUUACUCUCCGCAUGUGGAAUUCCAGAGCCCCUCACACUCUCCAUAGUCCUGUGUUUUUGUGGUCGGCCUGUGUGACAUGAGAGAGUGUGGGAAAAACGGAAGCCCGAAGACCAGAAAUGCGCAAAUGGAAACACAGAACCAAUGAAAAGAAAAUGUAGAGUGGAGAUAAAGAGGAGAGUGGAAGAGACAGGUGAAGGGAGAGAGUUGUUUGGAAUGGGGAAAGAAGGAGAGUGAAAUAUUGGAAAAGAUUGAACAAAGUGGAUCGAAGUCCAAGAACAAAGUGAGCAAUAAAGCAGAUUGGAUUUUUAAAAAAAAAAAAAAAAAAAAAGAGUAUUAAAUUGUUUUCUCUGAUUUUGCUUAUACUGUGGCAACAAAUCUUUACAAGGUUUCCGCCUUUCGCUUCCAUAAUGGAAGCAAACGUUCAUUCCUAAUUGAUUAAUCCAUCUGAGUUAACUCCACAGGAGCUGAGUCAUGAGCUCUAUAGAGAAUUAGCAGGCUUUCAGCCAAUUAGACCAUUUACUGAGCCAUACAUUGUCCAUGGCCAUCACUCUAAAUAUCUCCAAUGAUAUUCAGAUAAUAUUUAGAGAAUUCCAGCAUGCAGUGCAGUAUGCAUGUAAUAAGUCUAUAUUGAUAAUCACCAUUAUGUCCUGCAUAUGCAUAAUGUAUAUACACACAAAUGGCAUAGAAUGUAGUAGUUUUGAAUCCUAUCUGAAUCUGUAUGUUUUUUUGUUAUAGAUUCUGGUCGGGGAUUUUGCUGUCCUUAAGCUGAAAGGGACUGAAAGAAGUCAUUUGUAGAAUAAAUCAUAUGAAUGUGUGUAUGUUCUGUUUGCAUAGCGUGUUGAGUUUUGGAGCUGUAGCCAGGGAAACAGGGACAGAGAGUGGCAUAACUAAUAGGGUGACAAUUACAGCAGUGCUAUUACUGCAUGGUGUGACUCCACCUCAACCAAAAAAAAUUUGUCCAUUUUUCUUUUUGGCUCAGACAACAAAUUUUUUAUGACCCAUUGCAUAACCAUGACCUACAGAAUAAAGGUUGAAAACAAGUUUGAGGGAGAAUUAAACGGAUUCUUUGGCUUAAAAAUAACCUAAAAUAUUGUCAUGAAUUUUGAUAUUAUUGGCUAGAACAUUAACUCUUUAUUUGUUUGAUGGAAGGAGGAGAAUGUGCUCGGUUAAGAAGGUAACAAAUGAACAGGAUUGAGCUCUGUUAAAGAUUGACUAUGAGCCAAUUGCUGAACUAUUUAAACCUGAAUUGAAUUAAGUUGGAAAGCAUUAGCAAGCAGAUUAAGAGGUACAAUGUGCAAAGAAGCUAAUAUGUUAUAAAGAGAAUCUGAACAGUGUUGACUAAUAAUAAACAUUAUUAUUUUUUAUUAUAAUAUCUAUCUAUCUAAUUAUAAUCUAUCUAUCUAUUUAUUUAUUUAUUUCCUUUAUUUAUUCUUAUUACCAAGAAGUCCUUGGAUUAGCUGUCCCAAAAGCAGUCUGUGGUUUAGACGACGAAUACAUUUAUCCCAUGCAUUUGGCCAUAUAAAUUGAGCAACAAGUGGUUUGUUGAAACACCCUGUCCAACAUACUAAAUGCUGAUUAACUGGUGCAAAGUGCCCUGAACCCAAAUUGCCAAUAAAGUACUAAAGUGUUGCUUCCUUCUCAGUCAGGUUAGAUUUUUAAUUGGAGAAUUUCAAUCUGCUGUGGUGCCCUGGGGUUGUGUAACCAUAUGAAAGGCCCAACUGUGUGGACCAUACAACGCAGCACUGUGCACCCUCAUUACAAGACUCGUACUCCUCUGGCAAGCCACUGUUGUGCUCCUGGAGGUUAAUACCAGCUAAGCUUUAUUUAUUGUUCCCAAAAAAUGCUUAGCGGAUUUAAUGUAUAGAGUUACAGGCAUGUUGGCCCCUGUUUUCUCCCCUCCCGGACAGAACUGAUGAUUUAACAUGCUCUCCAGAGCCAGAUGUUCUUCAAGAGAGGUAUAAUUAUUUGAGCCAUUCACAGCCAAAGGGGAACAUUUCUCACAGGUUCCCUGAUGUCUGCCAUUAGGAGCAUGUAAUUAGUCAACAUCAAAUAAGAGCACAAAAAAUACUUUGGAAAUGUGACAUUCAAAUUGUUUCCAGAAAACCAAAAUGACGCCAUUUUAUUGAUUAUUUUGUCACUGAGAAGAGCAGGAUUUUUCAUUUUAAACUCCUAAUGCAUUUUAUGAUUUUAAAAGUGGCUUGAGCGAAUCUAAAUGGAUGUCCACGGUCAAACUGUUAUAUCUAAGGAUGACAUAAACCACAAAAAAAAAAAAAAAAAAGGAUUUGAAGGCAAGGCAUGGGAACAGAUACUUGGGUCUGGGAAUGCCUGGCUGACCCGAACUGACUUGGUAAACAUUUUGCAGUGAGUCCACAUUGCUCUAUGGCAUAUGUGCAUAUUGGGCCCCUUUGACAUUUUAGACCACCUCACAUGGGCGGCUUCACAUGCCUGAAGAAACAAGCAGUAUUGCAAUGCAAAGGGCAUAGCUACUACAAAGGUUAGCUAUUUUUUCAUCGCUGUGCACAGUAUGGUAUUCUUCUCUUCUUUGAGUUAUCUGUUUGCUCACUGGGCCAUUUAUUUCUGAGGCCAAAUUCUCUUCUGCUUAUAAGUGUCAAAUGUGUCAUAUUAGAAAUCUUAAAUUCAUUCCUUUUUUUUUUUCCC